AUGAACAAAGAGACAGAUGCCCUUUAUAUCUUGUCUGCGCUUCCUCAUGUUGUUGACUGCGUUAUGGCAGACCUGGAAAGACGCCGUUACAGAAAAUAUUUCUUGGUUUGGACUUCAAAUCUUGAUCCUGCAAUGAGGAACCGAAUCAACGGUUUCAGUGCAGCACGGGAGUUCAUUGCCAAUAUGCAUGUAAUGAACAUCAAUUUCCUCCCGCGAGAAUCACGUCUGGCUAUCUUCCGCGACCCCUGGAGCUUUCUUACACUCUUUCAUCCUGCGUGCAACAACCUUGUGAGAAGUCAUCUCGUUGAGUUAGCGCAAAAGAUUGUUUCUGUUUGUGUGUCACUAAACGAAUAUCCCCUUAUCCGAUACUUCCGGCCUAAGGAUGCAUCUCAUGAAGCAAGUGUCCUAUGCGCCCAUCUAGCCCGGUUUGUGCAAGACGAAUUAGAUGAGUAUGCAAAGCACCGGAGGGAUUAUCCUGUCCCUACCUCCCGGCCGAGGGGUGUGUUAUUUAUCACCGAUCGAUCCAUGGACCUUGCUGCGCCUUUGGUUCAUGAGUUUACCUAUCAGGCCAUGGCUCAUGACCUCCUUCCAAUCCAGGAGGGUGAUAAACUAACAUAUCGAACUGUCUUGAACCAAGGUCAAGAGACUGAAGAGACAAGAGAUAUGGAGAUUACUGAGGGGGAUAAAAUUUGGGUGAACAGCCGACAUUUACACAUGAAAGACCUCCUUGGAAAGCUCGCAGAAGAUUUCAAAAAGUUUAGAGCCCAAAACCCCCAAUUUGCCGACAGCGACCUUCCUGCGUCAGUCAAUACUGUCAAGGAUAUGCUUGCAGGCUUGUCAGAUUUCCAGCAAGGCAAAAAUGCCUAUACCCUCCAUCUCAAUAUGGCUCAAGAGACAAUGCAGCUUUUCCAGGAGCGCAAUCUGGCAGAUAUUGCAGCAGUUGAACAAUGUCUCGCCACCGGAGUCGACGAGGACUUCAAAAAGCCCAAGAACAUUGCAGAGCAGUUAGUUCGCCUUCUUGACGAUGAAGCUGUAGGACCCUCUGAGCGACUUAGGUUGAUUUUGUUAUAUCUGUGCUAUCGCGGUGGACUCCUCGCAGGGGAUAUUAAGAAACUGCUUGCACACUCACAACUUCCUCCACAGGACGGUGAAGCUAUCUAUAACCUUGAGCUCCUAGGUGCAAGGGUCGAGAAGCCUCUUAAGGAUCCAAAACCCCCACACCAGCCCUUGUUCCCACAGAAAUUGCCACAACAGCCCCAGGAGGAGGACGUCAGCAUAUCACGCUUUGAGACGAACGUGAAAUUGAUGCUACAGGAGCAAAUUAAAGGCACACUAGACAACACCAUAUUUCCGUAUACACGGCCUUAUCUGGAAGAUGAGAGCACGCCUCAUGAUCAGGUUGCUCAAUCCUCCCUCCGAAGUGCAAAACCAACUUGGGCCCGAACUCGACCAGUCGCUGGUGACCCCCGCCAACGGAUUAUCGUAUUCAUUGCUGGCGGUGCAACAUAUUCUGAAGCCAGGGGCUGCUAUGAGAUAUCCCAGCAAACUAACAAGGAUGUUUUUCUGGCAAGCUCACACAUGCUUACUCCAGGUUUAUACUUGCGGCAAAUAAGGGAUCUUAGUGUUGAUAGGAGACGUCUAGAUCUUCCAAGUGACCGCCCUAAACCACAGGCUCCGGCUCAUCUGUUCGAGAGAGACCCGUCCCCUAAACCCAAACCACCAGCCCCUCCAAUUACUGGGAUGGCAUCAAUGAACCUCAACAACGGAUCUGAGGCUAUAAAGAGGAAGCCAACAAAUGAAACUUCAAGUGCCACAACGUCUGAAACUCCACCACCUUCUAGCGGAAAACUUGCUAAAAAGGAAAAGGAAAAGAGCAAGGAAAAGAAGAAACGCGGGUUCUUUAAAUAG